AUGGGCAUUCCUACAAAAUGUGUAGCAAUUGCGAUUGGUUUGUUGUGCCUUUGGAGUGUUGCUGACAGCGUUCCCAACACAAGCAUCACCAACGUUCUCUGCAACAACGGGGUGUACACCUCUGGGGACCCUUUUGCUAUUAGUUUAAGCUAUGUUCUUGGAGACUUAGAGAGUGAAACUCCAGUCCAGAAAAAUUAUGACUACUACAACAUUUCGCCUUAUCCUAAUGCCUUUGCCUAUGGACAUGCUACUUGCAACCUUAAUCUGACAUCCUCUGAUUGCAAAACCUGUCUUGGUGCUGCUAAAACGGCUAUGUUCAAUGCAUGUCAGACACCACGGAUCGGGGCUCGUUCAGUGCUCCAUGAUUGUACAAUCAGGUAUGAGCAAUACCCAUUUGAUGAUUAG